UUAAAAGAAGAGGUGAAAAGCACAGAUUUGGAAUUUAUAGAACAAAUUGAGGCAAUAGAUUUGAUCGAGGAAACAAAAUCAGAGACCUUACAAGUGUGUGCAGAGCCAAAUAGGGACUUCAAUGCUUUGCCUAUUACAAAUGUGCCUGAGCUGUCGGAGGAAGAGAUUAAAGAAGAUACCUUGAGUCAUAAAGAAAGCAUUAUUAAUGACUCUUACUAUGCAUCUGCAACUGUUGUGAGUAAAGAAGCAGGCUUGAAAGAAGUUGAACCAGAAAACAAUGAGCAAAUCAAAAGCUUUGAUUAUAAAGAAAUCUCCGAAGAAGAUCAGGAAUCUAGGGGAUCAGAGACAGCAGCCUCAAGUACAAAUCCAGAAAAGUUGAACACAGAGAAACCAGCAAGUGAAGACCUCUUUUCAUCAGUUGGAGAAGUCUCAGCAAAAGAAAUCUUAAAGGAAGACAAAAGUGAUGCAAUGAAGUUAAAAGAAGAGGUCAAAGGCACAAACUUGGAGUUCAUAGAACAAAUUGAGGCAACAGAUUUGACAGAGGAAACAAAAUCAAGGACCUUACAAGAUCAUGCAGAGCCAAAUAAGGACUUCAGUGCUUUGACCAUAACAAAUGUGUCUGAGGAAGAGAUUAAAGAAGAAACUUUGAGUCCAAAAGAAAACAUUAUUAAUGACUCUUACUCUGCAUCUACAACGGUUGUGAGUGAAGAAGCAAGCUUGAAAGAAGCUGAACCAGUAAACAACGAGCAAGUCCAAAGCUCUGAUAACAAAGAAACCUCCAAAGAAGAUCAGGAAUUUAGGGGAUCACAGACAAUAGUUUCAAAUAAGUCAAACACAGAGAAACCAUCUAAUGAAGACCUCUCUUCAUCAAUUGGAGAAGUAUCGGCAAAAGAGAGCUUAAAGGAAGACAAAAGUGAGGAUACGACGUUAAAAGAAGAGGUCAAAGGCACAAAUUUGGAGUUCAUAGAACAAAUUGAGACAAUAGAUUUGACAGAGGAAACAAAAUCGGGGACCUUACAGGACUAUGCAGAGCCAGAGAAGGACUUCAGUGCUUUGACUAUAGCAAAUGUGCCUGAUGUAUCUAAGGAAAAGAUUAAAGAAGAAACCUUGAGUCAAGAAGAAAACAUUAUUAAUGACUCUUACUCAGCCUCUGCAACCGUUGUGAGUGAAGAAGCAGGCUUGAAAGAAGCCGAGCCAGAAAACAAUGAACAAAUCAAAAGCUUUGAGAAUAAAGAAAUCUACGAAGAAGAUCAGGAAUCUAGGGAAUCAGAGACAGCAGCCACAAGUACAAAUGCAGAAGAAUUGAACACACAGAAAUCAGCUAAUGAAGACCUAUCUUCAUUAGUUGGAGAAGUCUCAGCUAAAGAAAUCUUAAGGGAAGACGAAAGUGAUGCAACAAAGUUAAAAGAAGAGGUCAAAGGCACAAAUAUGGAGUUCAUAGAACAAAUUGAAGCAAUAGAUUUGACAGAGGAAACAAAAUCAGGGACCUUACAGGAUCAUGCAGAAUCAAAUAAGGACUAUAGUGCUUUGACUAUACCAAAAGUGCCUGAAGUGUCUGAGGAAGAGAUUAAAGAAGAAUCCUUAAAGCAAGAAGAAAAGAUUAUUAAUGACUUUGACUCUACAUCUGUAAUAGUUGUGAGUGAAGAAGCAAGCUUGAAAGAAGCCGAACUAGAAAACAAUGACCAAGUCAAAAGCUCCGAUAGUUCUCCUGAUGGGAAGGAUCUAGCAACCAUUGAAACAGAAGGAACUAGCUUAAAGAGUGUGAAUAUUGAUGUGAAGCAAAAGGAAUAUUUCAACUCAGAAGUGAAUAAGGACAAUGAUAUUUUACCAUUGGUAGACGAAGGUGAAGAAAAACUUGAGCAUCAAAUGGAGGAUAAAGCUCCCGCCAGAGUAAUUGACAAUGAAAUAGAAUUGACCACUGGUGAGACUCCACUAAGAGACGAAAUCACUCAUGAAAAAGUGAAAAGUCCUUCUAAUGUGCAGAAAACAAAUGAGAAGUCAACACAAAAGGGAGAUGAAUCCAUUAAAUCAAAAGAUCUCACUAAAUUGCUGUCUUCAGAUGAUGGGAAGGAGGGUGCUAUUCAAGAACUUCAAAAGCACAAGGAUACAGAGUUACAUAUGGCCCUAGAGCUACACAAUGAAAAAAAUAGCUAUGAUAUAGAAGAUGAGAAGAUCUCAAAGAGCGGAGAAACUGGUGAAUUAGCAGGUCAAACUGAGGUAUGCAAUUUGGAGACUCAGAAAGAUGAAAAUCCAUCUCAUGAGGUGUUAAAGACUGUAGUAGUUGGUACAUGCAAAGAUAAUGAAAAGGCUAUCCUGGAACAAGAGGGCUCUGUUCAGAACUUUGAAGACUGCUUAACAGAUGUUGUAGUAGAGAAAGGAACAGUUGACUUGGAAGCAGGUGCUGGAAGCCAAGAAUGUGAGCCGACAAACUCCAAAGACAAAAAACUUUUAGUAAAGAAGAAUCUUGAAUCAGCUGAUCUUGGUCAAAAGCUUGAUUUUGUCUCCGAAUCAGUGAGCAAAGAUCAAAGUGAUGAAACAUUCCCUCAAACCAACAAGGGUCAAACUGAGGAGAGCAGCAAUGACAUUCAGGAUUGGAAUUCCAAAUUUGUUGAACGACAAAUUAUUGGACAAGUUCAACAUGAAACGGAGAGAAAAAUGGCAAUGCAGCCCCAAUUGGAGGCUGAAGAUCAUAUUAAUGUAUCACAAUAUGCAAAAGAGACCAUUACCAAUGUCAUUGCUACUGAAGAGGUGCAUGAGGGAGUUGAGAAAGUUGAUGGAAGUGAAAGCAUCAAAGAACAUGCCAUACAUGGAGAGAGCGACUUGAAGGAAAUUCAUACGGUAUCUGCAGGAGAUGAAAUACUUGAGAAGGUGAAAGACUCUGGCCCAGAAUCAACUGAGUAUCUUAAGGCAACAGACUUCAAUGAGCAGACAGAAACACUGAACACAGGAAUUGAAGAAGAUCCAACAAGGGAGGCAGAAGCACCUGGUACAAAAGCACCAGAAGAAGAAAAGAUACAAGAUGAAGGUAGUCUUAAGUCUGCAGAUGAAGAUACAGAAGAAAAGAUUAAAGAGGAGAUCAAAGUGCAAGUGGAUGAUUUGCAUGAGAAGAAUGACAAUGUAACUGUGGUAGCAGCAGAGUCAAGCUCAGGGGAAGCUCAGAUGGAUGACAAACAUGUAAAGGACACUAGCUCAGAUGAGAGUUUAGAAACAAUCAAAACUGAGCAGUGUCCACAAGCUGAAGAAGUUAGCAGCAAGAAACCUGAGAAAACCUCCUCUUGCUUGGUGUCUCAACUACCAAAUAUGGAUCUCAAAAAUGUAGGGAAAGAGAGUGUAACUCUGGAUGAACCAGGUACAGAUGAAGUUGAGGAAACCAAAACAAUUUCCAGCGCAGUUUUCCAAUCCAAAUAUCACGGUGUGGAAGAAACUAAUAAAACUGGGCAAAGUUUAAUAGUGGAAAAGCUGGAUGCAGAUGGAACUGAAGAAGCAAUCAAAAGAGCUUCUGGAACAGUGUCUGAAUCCAAAUUUCUAGGCAUUGAAGUAGUUACUGAGGAUGAAAUCACUGCUGAUCAGACUCUCCCUACUGGGAAGUUAGAAGAGCAAUUUCAAACACCAUCUUCUGAAUUGCUUUCCUUGGAACAGGAGCAUGGACCUACAAUCAUAGCCAAGGAGACAGAAGCAAUAAAAACAAGGGAAGGGGAGAUGCUUGAUGAUUCUUCAGCAACGAAAGAUACAGAAGAGAUGUGCCUGCAAAAGGAAGAGCAGCUCCAAACACUAUCUUCCACAUUGCUUUCCAAGGAACAGGAGCAUGGAACUACAACAGCAUUCAAGAAGAUAGAAGGAGAAAGCACAAGGGAAGCAGACAACAAGAAUAUCAACAAUUCUUCAGUAAUAAAGGCAACAAAAGAGACAUGCUUGGAGCAAGAGGAGCCCCGAGAACUCAAUGUCUCCAAAUUGGGGAUUGAAAUCAACAAAGACAUACAGAUGGACAGCUCAAAUAAAUUAAAUAAGGAAGAAUGUUGCACAUCAGAUGGAGCUACAAAAUUGGAGACUGAAGAAAACGAAGAGAGAAAAUACUCCCAUGCUUUAUCAGAAAGUGAGAAAACUGGAGAACUAACAAGACAAUUCGAGGAACCCUCCAAUCUUAGCUUUGAGAUAAGCGAAAAAGAUUUUGAACCUGUGUUGGAUGUUCACAGUCAUGAAGUACUAAUUAGCUCAGAAGAAAAGGUACAGGAUGAAGGUAUUGUGAAGCUUGUGGAUGUCUCCACCAUAGUAGCUGAAGAAUCAUUAGAAAAUAUUAAAGAGGAAAUCAUAGGGGAAGUGGAUAAUAGUUGUGACAAAACUGAAAAUGCAACUACAGAAGUGGUAACAGCAGAGUCAAGCUCAGGGGAACCUCAGCUGCAUGACAUGUCAACAAAAGAUAUUAUCUCACAUGAGAGAUGUCAAGAAACAAUUAUAAUGGAGUCUAGUCCACUGGCUGAAGAAGUUGCUAGCAUGAAGCUUGAAGGAACUUCCUCUAACUUGCCAUCUCAACUCCCAAAUAUGAUUAGUGCAAAUGCAGAGAAAGAAGGUGAAACUUUGGAUAGUCCAGAUGCACAUGAAGUUGAGGAAACCGAAACAACUUCUGAUUCAGUUUUUGAGUCCAAAUAUCAGAGUGUUAAAGAAACUGAUGAAACUGGGCAAAGCCUAAAAGUAGAGAAGCUGGAUGCAGCUGAUAUAGAAGAAAUCAAAGAACCUUCAGAAACAUUGUCAAAACCUAAAGCUCUAGAAGUUGAAGCAGUUAGCGAAGAUGGAGUCAUUGCUGAUCAGACUCUCCCAGCAGGGAUGUUGAGUGAGCAACUUCAAACUCUAUCUUCUUCAGUUCUUUCCAGGGAACAGGAGCAUGGAACUACGACCACAGUUGAGAGGACAGAACAAGAGAGGACGGAGGAAGUUCAAACACUAGGUACUGAGAGUAUCGAUUAUUCUUCUGCUGCAAAGACAACAGAAGGGACAUGCUUUAAAAAGGAAGAGCUCAGGGAGUUCGAAGUCCCCACAGUGGGGCUUGAAAGUGGCAAAGCCAUACCAAGGGACAUCUCAAGUGAAGUACAAAAGGAAGAAAGCAUCACUCUGGAUCAAGCUUCAAAACUAGAGCCUCAAGAAAAAGAAGAGAUCAAAUAUGCUGAUUCUCCAUCAGAAAGUGAGGAAAUCAAAGAACUAGCAAGACCAAUUGAGGAAGCCUCCAAUCACAACUUUGAGAUAAGUGAAAAGGCUGCUGAUCACGUGUCAGAAGUCCAGAGUCAUGAAGUACUCACCAAAUCAGAAGAUAUCAGUGAAAAGCAUCUUGAGGCAGUAGUAAUCAAUUUGAAAACUGAAGAGAGUCAGUGCAGGAAAACAGCUGAAGCAAAUCAAAAAUCAAAGAAUGAAGUUUCUAUUGAAGGGGUCAGAGAACUAUAUCAUGAUUAUAAAGAAAUCUCCGAAGAGGAUCAGGAAUCUAGGGUAUCAAACACAGCAGUCUCAAGUACAAAUCUAGAAAAAGUGAACACAGAGAAACCUGCGAAUGCAGACCUCUCUUCAUCAGUUGCAGAAGUCUCAGCAAAAGAAAUCUUAAAGCAAGACGAAAGUGAUGCAACGAAGUUAAAAGAAGAGGUCAAAGGCACAGAUUUGGAGUUUGUAGAACAAAUUCAGGCAAUAGAUUUGACUGAGGAAACAAAAUCAGGGACCCUACAGGAUUGCGGAGGGCGAAAUAGGGACUUCAAUGCUUUGACUAUAACAAAUGUGCUUGAGGAAGAGAUUAAAGAAGAAACCUUGAGUCAAGAAGAAAGUAUUAUUUAUGACUCUUACUCUGCAUCUGCAAUGGUUGUGAGUGAAGAAGCAGGCUUGAAAGAAGCCGAGCCAGAAAAAAAUGAGCAAAUCAAAAGCUUUAAUUAUAAAGAAAUCUCCGAAGAAGAUCAGGAAUCUAGGGAAUCAGAGGCAGCAGCCUCAAGUACAAAUGCAGAAAAAUUGAACACAGAGAAACCAGCUAAUGAAGAUCUCUCUUCAUUUGUUGGAGAAGUCUCAGCAAAAGAAAUCAUAAAGGAACACGAAAGUGAUGCAACGAAAUUAAAAGAAGAGGUAAAAGGCACACAUUUGGAGUUCGUAGAACAAAUUCAGGAAAUAGAUUUGACGGAGGAAACAAAAUCAGGGACCCUACAGGAUCCCGCAGAGCGAAAUAGGGACUUCAAUGCUUUGACCAUAACAAAUGUGUCUGAGGAAGAGAUUAAAGAAGAAACUUUGAGUCCAGAAGAAAACAUUAUUAAUGACUCUUACUCUGCAUCUGCAAUGGUUGUGAGUGAAGAAGCAUGCUUGAAAGAAGCUGAAGCAGUAAACAACGAGCAAGUCCAAAGCUCUGAUCACAAAGAAACCUCUAAACAAGAUCAGGAAUUUAGGGGAUCACAGACAAUAGUUUCAAAUAAGUCAAACACAGAAAAACCAUCUAAUGAAGACCUCUCUUCUUCAAUUGGAGAAGUAUUGGCAAAAGAAAGCUUAAAGGAAGACGAAAGUGAGGAUACGACGUUAAAAGAAGAGGUCAAAGGCACAAAUUUGGAGUUUAUAGAACAAAUUGAGACAAUAGAUUUAACAGAGGAAACAAAAUCGGGGACCUUACAGGAUUGUGCAGAGCUAGAGAAGGACUUCAGUGCUUUGACUAUAGCAAAUGUGCCUGAUGUGUCUGAGGAAAAGAUUAAAGAAGAAACCUUGAGUCAAGAAGAAAACAUUAUUAAUGACUCUUACUCUGCAUCUACAACCGUUGUGAGUGAAGAAGCAUGCUUGAAAGAAGCCGAACCAGAAAACAAUGAACAAAUCAAAAGCUUUGAGAAUAAAGAAAUCUACGAAGAAGAUCAGGAAUCUAGGGAAUCAGAGACAGCAGCCUCAAGUACAAAUGCAGAAGAAUUGAACACAGAGAAACCAGCAAAUGAAGACCUCUCUUCAUCAGUUGGAGAAGUCUCAGCAAAAGAAACCUUAAAGGAAGACGAAAGUGAUGCAGCAAAGUUAAAAGAAGAGGUCAAAGGCACAAAUUUGGAGUUCAUAGAACAAAUUGAAGCAAUAGAUUUGAUAGAGGAAACAAAAUCAAGGACCUUACAGGAUCGUGCAGAAUCAAAUAAGGACUUCAGUGCUUUGACUAUACCAAAAGUGCCCGAAGUGUCUGAGGAAGAGAUCAAAGAAGAAACCCUGAAACAAGAAGAAAAGAUUAUUAAUGACUUUGACUCUACAUCUCUAAUCGUUGUGAGUGAAGAAGCAAGCUUGAAAGAAGCCGAACUAGAAAACAUUGACCAAGUCAAAAGCUCCGAUAUUUCUCCUGAUGGGAAGGAUCUAGCAACCAUUGAAACAGAAGGAACUAGCUUAGAGAGUGUGAAUAUUGAUGUGAAGCCAAAGGAAUAUUUCAACUCAGAAGUGAAUAAGGACAAUGAUAUUUUACCAUUGGUAGAUGAAGGUGGAGAAAAACUUGAGCAUCAAAUGGAGGAUAAAGCUUCUGCCAGAGUAAUUGACAAUGAAAUAGAAUUGACCAUUGGUGAGACUCCACUAAGAGAUGAAAUCACUCAUGAAAAUGUGAAAAGUCCUUCUAGUGUGCAGAAAAUAGAUGAGAAGUCAACACAAAAGGGAGAUGAAUCCAUUAAAUCAAAAGAUCUCACUGAAUUGCUGUCUUCAGAUGAUGGGAAGGAGGGUGCUAUUGAAGAAGUUCAAGAGCACAAGGAUACAGAGUUACAUAUGGCCCCCGAGCUACACAAUGAAAAAAAUAGCUAUGAUACAGAAGAUGAGGAGAUCUCAAAGAGCGGAGAAACUGGUGAAUUAGCAGGUCAAACUGAGAUAUGCAAUUUGGAGACUGAGAAAGAUGAAAAUCCAUCUCAUGAGGCGUUAAAGACUAUAGCAGUUGGUACGUGUAAAAAUAGUGAAAAGGCUAUCCUGGAACAAGAGGACUCCAUUCAGAACUUUGAAGAAAGCUUAACUGGUGUUGUAGUAGAGAAAGGAUCAGCUGACUUGGAAGCAGGUACUGGUAGCCAUGAAUGUGAGCCGACAAACUCCAAAGGCAACAAACUUUUAGUAGAGAAGAAUCUUGAAUCAGCUGAUCUUGGUCAAAAGUUUGAUUUUGUCUCCGAAUCAGUGAGCAAAGAUCAAAGCGAUGAAACAUUCCCUCAAACCAGCAAGGGUCAAACUGAGGAGAGCAGCAAUGACGUUCAGGAUUGGAAUUCCAAAUUUGUUGAACGACAAAUUAUUGGACAAGUUCAACAUGAAACGGAGAGAAAAAUGGCAAUGCAGCCCCAAUUGGAGGCUGAAGAUCAUAUUAAUGUAUCACAAUAUGCAAAAGAGACCAUUACCAAUGUCAUUGCUACUGAAGAGGUGCAUGAGGGAGUUGAGAAAGUUGAUGGAAGUGAAAGCAUCAAAGAACAUGCCAUACAUGGAGAGAGCGACUUGACGGAAAUUCAUACGGUAUCUGUUGGAGAUGAAAUUCUUGAGAAGGUGAAAGACUCUGGCCCAAAAUCAACUGAGAAUCUUAAGGCAACAGACUUCAAUGAGCAGACAGCAACACUGAACACAGGUAUUGAAGAAGACCCAACAAGGGAGGAAGAAGCACCUGGUACAAAAGCACCAGAAGAAGAAAAGAUACAAGAUGAAGGUAGUCUUAAGCCUGUAGAUGAAGAUACAGAAGAAAAGAUUAAAGAGGAGAUCAAAGUGCAAGUGGAUGAUUUUCAUGACAAGAAUGACAAUGCAACUGUGGUAGCAGCAGAAUCAAGCUCAGGGGAAGCUCAGAUGGAUGACAAACAUGUAAAGGACACUAGCUCAGAUGAGAGUUUAGAAACAAUCAAAACUAACCAGUGCCCACAAGCUGAAGAAGUUGGCAGCAAGAAACCUGAGAAAACCUCCUCUAGCUUGGUGUCUCAACUACCGAAUACGGAUCACAAAAAUGUAGAGAAAGAGAGUGUAACUCUGGACGAACCAAAUGCAGAUGAAGUUGAGGAAACCAAAACAGUUUUCCAGUCCAAAUAUCAUGGUGUUGAAGAAACUGAUAAAACUGGGCAAAGUUUAAGAGUGGAAAAGCUGGAUGCAGAUGGAACUGAAGAAGCAAUCAAAGAAGCCUCUGGAACAGUGUCUGAAUCUAAAUUUCUAGGCAUUGAAGCAAUUACUGAGGAUGAAAUCACUGCUGAUCAGACUCUCCCUACUGGGAAGUUAGAAGAGCAAUUUCAAACACCAUCUUCUGAAUUGCUUUCCUUGGAACAGGAGCGUGGACCUACAAUCAUAGUCAAGGAGACAGAAGCAAUAAAAACAAGGGAAGGGGAGAUGCUUGAUGAUAAGAAAAUUGAUGAUUCUUCUGCCACAAAGGCUACAGAAGAUAUGUGCCUGCAAAAGGAAGAGCAGCUCCAAACACUAUCUUCCACAAUGCUUUCCAGGGAACAGGAGCAUGGAACUACAACAGCAUUCAAGAAGACAGAAGGAGAAAGCACAAGGGAAGCAGACAACAAGAAUAUCAACAAUUCUUCAGCAAUAAAGGCAACAGAAGAGACAUGCUUGGAGCAAGAGGAGCCCAGGGAACUCAAUGUCUCCAAAUUGGGGAUUGAAAUCAACAAAGAGAUACAGAUAGACAGCUCAAAUAAAUUAAAUAAGGAAGAAUGUUGCACAUCAGAUGGAGCUAGAAAAUUGGGGACUGAAGAAAACGAAGAGAGAAAAUACUCCCAUGCUUUAUCAGAAAGUGAGAAAACUGGAGAACUGACAAGACAAAUCGAGGAACCCUCCAAUAUUAGCUUUGACAUAAGUGAAAAAGCUUUUGAACCUGUGUUGGAUGUUCACAGUCAUGAAGUACACAUUAGCUCAGAAGAAAAGGUACAGGAUGAAGGUAUUGUGAAGCUUGUGGAUGUCUCCACCACAGUAGCUGAAGAAUCAUUAGAAAAUAUUAAAGAGGAAAUCAUAGUGGAAGUGGAUAAUAGUUGUGACAAAACUGAAAAUGCAAAUGCAGAAAUGGUAACAGCUGAAUCAAGCUCAGGGGAACCUCAGCUGCAUUACAUGUCAACAAAAGAUAUUAUCUCACAUGAGAGAUGUCAAGAAACAAUUAUAAUGGAGUCCAGUCCACUGGCUGAAGAAGUUGCUAGCAUGAAGCUCGAAGAAACUUCCUCUAACUUGCCAUCUCAACUCCCAAAUAUGAUUAGCGAAAAUGCAGAGAAAGAAGGUGAAACUCUGGAAAGUCUAGAUGCACAUGGAGUUGAGGAAACCGAAACAACUUCUGAUUCAGUUUUCGAGUCCAAAUAUCAGAGUGUUAAAGAAACUGAUGAAACUGGGCAAAGCCUAAAAGUAGAGAAGCUGGAUGCAACUGAUAUUGAAGAUGUCAAAGAAACUUCAGAAACAAUGUCAAAACCUAAAGCUCUAGAAGUUGAAGCAGUUAGCGAAGAUGGAGUCAUUGCUGAUCAGACUCUCCCGGCAGGGAUGUUGAGUGAGCAACUUCAAACUCUAUCUUCUUCAGUUCUUUCCAGGGAACAGGAGCAUGGAACUACAACCACAGUUGAGAGGACAGAACAAGAGAGCACGAAGGAAGUUCAAACACUAGGUACUAAGAGUAUUGAUGAUUCAUCUGCUGCAAAGACAACAGAAGGGACAUGCUUUAAAAAGGAAGAGCUCAGGGAGUUUGAAGUCCCCACAGUGGGGCUUGAAAGUGGCAAAGCCAUACCGAGGGACAUCUCAAAUGAAGUACGAAAGGAAGAAAGCAUCACUCUGGAUCAAGCUUCAAAACUAGAGCCUCAAGAAAAAGAAGAGAUCAAAUAUGCUGAUUCUCCAUCAGAAAGUGAGGAAAUCAAAGAACUAACAAGACCAAUUGAGGAAGCCUCCAAUCACAACUUUGAGAUAAGUAAAAAGGCUUCUGAUCACGUGUCAGAAGUCCAGAGUCAUGAAGUACUCACCAAAUCAGAAGAUAUCAGUGAAAAGCAUCUUGAGGCAGUAGUAAUAAAUUUGAAGACUGAAGAGAGUCAGUGCAAGAAAACAGCUGAAGCAAAUCAAAAAUCAAAGAAUGAAGUUUCUAUUGAAGGGGUCCCAGAGGAUAAGGAAGUUUCCAUGGAUUCUAAAUCAGUUUAUCCUGGCGAAGAAACAACUAUAGAGAGCCAUCAAGGAGAUGAAUCAAAGACAGAAGAAUAUCUAGCAGAGGAUACAAAUAAAACAUUUAAAGCCACAACAAAUGUGAACCAGCAUGAAGUAUUCAGGCCGUCUGAAAUAAUUGACAAGGGCAGUGCAAGUGAAAGCAUUGAAAAGAAGAUUACAGCUGAAGAUAGAACUGUUGAGGAUGACAAUGCAACGGAGAGCUUUCCAGAUGAAGCAAAGGGAAAGAAUGUCGAGGAGGCAGCAGUUAAACUGGAACUUGAACAUCAGAGUGGUGAAACAAAUCUCAUGAAGGGGACACCAGAAGUCAUAACUCCAGGAGAAAAGGAAGCGGGUGUAGAGAUAUCACAAGGAGAAGGCACCACAGGAUUUUCAGAAGUCACUGAAAUCAAUCAAAACAUUCAGCAGCUAGGGAUGACCUCUUAUGCAGCAUCUCAAACAAAGAUUUCAGAAGCAGGUCCCAGUGAGAGCACAGAGCCAAAAAUUUCAACAGGCCAUGAAGAUGUUCCACCAGUGCUACAGCACCCAAUCGAUGAAACCUUGCAAAAAGUUGAAACAGAACGUACAAGACCUGUAAAAGCUACAGAAAUUGAUGCAGAAGUGAGAGGAGUUGAAUGUCAAGGAGAAAAAAGAAUGGUUGAUUCAGGUGAAAAAAUAACUGAGGAGUCAGCUAAGUUUUCAUUAUCCGACCUCAUGCAGAAAUCUAUGAAAGAAAAUCCGCAAGUGGCUAAAGACUUGACAAAGGAGAGACACCCAAUGCUCAACAAAGCAGAAAUGCAAAAUGAAGAAGCAGAAACCACUCAAUUUGGCAAAGCAAAAACAGACGAAGAGGAAGGAGAUGAACACAAAAGAACAGAUCCAGACUCUGACGCUCCAGUCAUGGUAGAAGCCUCUAAAGAUAUUGAUGUUAAGGUUGCACACAAGAAGUCUCAUAGUAUCCUAUCUGGUGUUGGGUCAAAGGUCAAGCAUUCAAUUUCCAAGGUGAAGAAGGCCAUUACCGGUAAGUCUUCUCAUCCAAAGACACAAUCACCCAAAUGAAACAAGGAUGUAGAUGAUUCCGGCAGUUGCAAAAAGUCGAAUGCAGAGACAGUUAUGUACAAGGGCUUGUUCUUAGUUUGAUGUUUUGAUAAUAUCACUGAGGUUUGAUUGUGGUGUGCCUUUUUUUAACUUCUUGAGUAAGAUGGGAGGAGGGAAGAAAUUACCAAAGAGGGGGGGUUGCCACUGGAAAAGGGAGAAGGCAAGGAUAUGGGAAUGUAGCCAAAAAAGGAUAUAAAAACGGCCCAUUUUGUCAUAUUGUGGGCGCAGAAGUUGGCAGUUCUGUAAACAUUCCUAACCUUCCAAUAGGGAGGAGGCAGAGAUGGUGGAGAGAAUGUAAACAAAUUAUUAGGGAGUGUGGUGUGUAUUUGUGCAGCUUGAAUAAGUUCAGAUUCAUUAUUUGACAUUUGUACAGAGUCAAUCCAACAAUUACAUGAUAGUAUAGCCUCAAUGUCCAUAUUGUAAAAUAUAUUAUGCUCAGACAAAUAUCCAAAGACCAUUAUGUAAAUCAAUUUGGUUACUUGCUUGUAUGAAGGAUAUUUGAAGCAUAA